AAUUCGGUUUCAACCCAAUCCGCCCUGAAUGUAAAUUCCAUUUUGUGCAUUCUGUUUUCGUUUUCUUCUUCCCACCUUCGCCACUUGAAGUUGUUGCAGAGUCUCACACAUGGCUGCCACACUAUACAGUCAUUCUCUAUCUCAAUGGGAUUUCACCAGUGAUUUGGAAGUGGAUUUUGGAUCCGAAGAGAACGCUUCGAUUGUAUACGCUACCAUAGCCGUUGAUAAGGAGUUGCAACCUGACAAAGUAAAAAGAAUCAUGACAGUGUCUAAUGGAAAACUAUUAGUGCACUUUGAGGCAAUAGAAGCCAGAUUUCUUAGAGCAUCAUUCAGUGCUUUUGUUGAUGUCCUUAUUCUAGCAACCAAAACAAUUGAAGAAUUUGGUCAAUGAAUGGUGUUCUUCUGACUUCUUAAGGACUUGUUGCGUUUCUGUUGCUUGAGUUUGGAGUAGUUGAUCGACUAGUCUUUGGUGUUGUAGAUCUACUUGACAUUGAUCCAGUUCGCGAAAGUGGAAACCUGUGCGGUGAAACUGUCCUCUUCUCUAUAGCACAUACAUGUUAAGAUUUCAAUUCAAAUUCUAAUACAGAAUCAAAUCUCUAGUCUUAGUGUGACGAUGACACCUAAAUAUUAUAUUAUUGAAUAUGCAUAUAGUACCUAAAUCUUUUUUGGUCA